CCUUGUACUGGAGUUUCUACGACAGCUGGGAGCCGUGGGCGCAUCGCGGUUUAACAAAAUAGCGACUGUGCUGGUAACACCGUACACAAACAAAGUUUUGGCAGUAUGGGAGACAAGAGGAGCCCGACGAGGCCGAAACGGCAACCGAAACCCUCGUCUGACGACGGAUACUGGGAUUGUAGUGUCUGUACGUUCAAGAACAGCGCCGAGGCUUUCAAAUGCAUGAUGUGCGAUGUCCGAAAGGGAACGUCAACGCGGAAGCCUCGUCCUGUCUCCCAGCUGGUAGCACAGCAAGUAACGCAGCAGUUUGCUUCGCCCACUCAGCCCAAGAAAGAGAAGAAGGAGCGGACGGAUAAGGAGAAGAACGAGAAGGAGCCUGCGCUGAAGAGGAACAGCCACAAGAAAAUGAGGCCCCGGUUAAAAAACGUCGACCGGAGUAGCGCCCAGCACCUGGAGGUGACCGUGGGCGACCUGACGGUCGUCAUCACAGACUUUAAGGAGAAAAGCAAGCCAUCGGCUAGCCCCUCCUCCAGCGCUGCCUCGGCAGACCAUCACAGCCAGAGCGGCUCCAGCUCCGACAACACAGAGAGGGGCUUCUCUCGCUCCUCUUCCCCUCGAGGGGAAGCCUCCUCCCUCAACGGGGAGGCCCAUUAAGAGCUGAGCCACGUAGCAGUUGACGCCAUGCCCCUCCCCUUGCCCCUCUCCCCCCACCUGAACAUGCGCAGGAAUGUGCGUGUACGUUAUGCCAAGACUUACUGACCCUGGCACCGUCAACUACCACCCCACCCAGACCGUUUAAACCCAGGGCUGAAUCCUGACUGGUUACAACACAGGCCCUAUGUUGCAAUGCCCUGAUGUGAACUGUUGACUCCUCCUUUGCCGGACCUUGAUGAUGGUGAUCAAAUAUGGCAGCAAAUUGGAAAGAGUGCAAGUUCGCUUACUGUUAGCACCAAUAUGAUGUGGUAAUAUUAAAACAUCAAGCCAGUGUUACUCUCAAUUUUCAUUGAGACAGUGAUGUCCACUCUUGUCUUAUCUAAUGUUGUGGGAUGAUUUGGCUAAAUGAGAUUUUCUUUCUUUCUUUUUUUUUUUCUUUUUUUUUUUUUCUUUUUUUUAACAUCAAGUGCAGCAUGGGAGCAAAUGUUAUGCCUUUCUGUAACUGUACAGUCCUUUAUUGAUAACUAACGUGUAGCAACAGGACUUUUUUUCCCCCACUCAUUUCUUGCACCUGCUGGCACUUGGUGUUUUUUACAGUAGCUUUUGUUCUUAUGUUGGUUGUUUUUUGUUUUUGUUUUUCUUUUUUGUUUGUUUUCAGUGUCCAAUUUUGAGAGAACUGCAUUAGCGUCUUAGUUUGUUGUUCCAGCCAUCCAGCCAUAAGGUAACAUGUUAGAAUAUCUUGGUUCUUCUCACCAUCAUGGUUAAACAAAACAAACAUUUUAUUAGUGAAAAUGAAAAAUGUAUUUGUAAGAUGUUGACUUUGCUUUGUUCCCUCCUUUAUAAUGAGCAGUGGUAUAUAAAUAUAUUGCAGUAUUGGAAUUAUCUCUUAAUAAAUCUAAUAUUUAGACUCCA